AUGUCGCAGGUGGUGAAGAGGGACUGGGGCGGGCGCGGCCUGACGCUGGAGCGGCUAGAGCGCGAGCUCGACGGGUUCGCCCAUGCGCGGGGCGGCCGCCCGUGCCGUCUGCAGCUCUACGUGCCCGACAACCCGGACCUCUUUGCGGGCGAGCAGGCCUUGACCCACAGCCUGCUGCGUCGUCUGGUGGGGCGGGCGGCGGUGGAUGAAGAGGGCAAUGCAGGCGACGGCAGUGGAGUAGUCGUGGUGGAGGUCUUGCACAUGGGCGGCUGCGGCAUGGGCGCUGAGGGGGCGCACGCGCUGGCCGAGGCACUACGCGGGGGUGGGAGGGGCGGCACCCUGUCCAAGCUCUGGCUCAAGCGCAACCCACUGACCCUUCCCGGUGCCGAGGCCGUCCUUCGUGCUGCGGCUGCGGCUGACAGCUCGCCCCGGCUCACCUCCCUCGACUUCUUCAACACCCAGCUCGGACCCGAGGCCGCCGCGGUGUUUGCUGAGGUGCUGCGGGCCAACAAGAAGAUCAGGCACCUGUUCUUGGGCGGCAACCACUUCGGUCCGGCGGGCGGCAGGGCCAUGGCCCAGCUGCUGCGUGAUGGCAGCGCGCUCACCAGGCUAUCGCUGGACAUCAGCCACCUGCGGGACGAGGGUGCCGCCAGCAUGGCCACCGCGCUGCAGCAAAACACGAGCCUGACCUACCUGUGCCUCAAAUACAACGGCUUCACCCCUCGGGGCGUCGCCUCCCUCUUUGGCGCGCUUCAGGCCAAUCCUCGCUCCCGGCUCGAAACCCUGAUCCUGGGCUGGAAGCUGACCUACGACGAGCUGGCCUCCAAGGACGGCGUGCCUCCCGAGGAGAUCAGGUCGCUGGCCAACCACGUGGGCACGCGCGACGAUCAGCAAAAAGCGGUGCGAUCGCCCCUGGCCGACGACGAAGCCGAAGCCGCCGACGCCGAGGGUGAAGAGCAGGCCGGCAAGAAGAGCGAAGGCGUGGAGGCGCUGGUGCGACUCCUGCGGGAUCCGCACUGCUCGCUCACGCACCUCAACCUGUGCCGCACCUUCCUCAGCGUGGACGAGCUGGCGGCGAUCGCCGACGCCGUGCAGCACAGCAACACGUCGAGCCUGCGCCAGCUGCACCUCCACCCGCAGACCGACGACCUCGGCACGCAGAGGGAAGAGAAGCGCAUCGCCGACCGGGUGCGCCAAAUACUGGACAAGCGCGGGCGCGAGCAUCGGCAACGCGGACAGGAGGAGCCAGUCGAGGCCGACGCCCACGCCCACGUGGAACAGCGCCAACGACCUGCGGAUGUCGAAGCGACGCCGAAGCCCGCGGCAGUGGCACAGCCAGCCGUGGGUAUGAGCGAGCUGAGGAAGAGGAAGAAGGAGAUCACCGAAGAACUACAACUGAUCGAGAAGGAGGACAGAGCUACGGGUGACGACGAGCAACUGGCCAAGCGAGCGCACGAUCUGCGUGAGGAGCUCGCGGGCAUCGCCGACGCCAUGCAGCGGGCCAAGGCGCUGGUCGAAGCCGCGCGCAAGGUCCUGCGCAAACAGAAGAAGCGACAGCGCAAGGACGACGCCAAACGCAACCCAGACGACUGCGCACACACCGCACACACCGCACACACCGCACACACCGCCCCUUAA